UCAGGUGACCCGGAAUCAUAACAAGCAGUAAUUCCAUAGAGUUCACGAUGUAAGAACUUCAGCUCAUGCCAUAUGUGGGGCUACUUUAUUGACCUGUUUUCCCUCGGUUAUCGUGGAUUUUGCAACAUAUUCUAUACAAUCGUGUACAACAUUAAUGUGAUUGCAACAGCAGAUUACGGAAUAAUGGAAGCUCAGUUAAAAAGAGAGCUGGGAACAACGAUAUUGAAAGCCACUGGUCAUUCAGGGGGUGGAUGCAUCAACGAGGGCCACAGUUAUGACACUGACAACGGACGAGUUUUUGUGAAGAUAAACCACAAGAGCGAGGCUUUGCGGAUGUUCAAAGGGGAGAUGGUGAGCUUGGAGGCCAUACUGCAAACAAAUACUGUGAAAGUCCCUAAACCGCUGAAGGUCAUUGAACUUGAGCGCGCUGGAUCUGUACUUGUCAUGGAACACGUGGACAUGAAAAGCCUGAACAAGUUCUCUACCCAGCUGGGGGAACAAUUGGCCGAGUUGCAUCUUCACAACCAAAAACAGAAGGAGAGGCAGAGCAGAGAGGAGCAGACUGUCGGCAAAGGAUCUGGGCAGUCUGAAGUGCCCGUCAUUGACAAAUUUGGGUUUGAUGUUCCAACCUGUUGUGGAUACCUUCCACAGAAUAAUGAGUGGCAGGAGGACUGGGUGUCCUUCUAUGCACAGCAGAGGCUUGGCCAUCAGCUCAGCAUGGUGGAGAAGAGCAACGGGGACAGAGAGGCCAGGGAGCUCUGGUCCCAACUCCAGCUGAAGAUUCCCCAGUUAUUUGAUGGCGUGACAGUCGUCCCGGCGCUCGUCCACGGCGACCUGUGGGGGGGCAACGUAGCCGAGUGCUCUGAGGGCCCGAUCAUCUUCGACCCCGCAUCCUUCUACAGCCACUCUGAGUACGAGCUGGGCAUUGCGGGCAUGUUUGGUGGCUUCAACAAGUCCUUCUACACGGGGUACCACAACAGGAUCCCCAAGGGACCCGGGUUUGAGAAACGACAGCAGCUCUACCAGCUCUUCCACUAUCUCAACCACUGGAACCACUUUGGCGGCAGCUACCGAGGCUCCUCCAUACGCAUCAUGAAGGACCUGGUAAAGUAAGCAUGGGGUGGUGACCGUGACCAAUAAAGCUACAGACGCUCCUCAGUACUUAUCAUGCAGGACCUGGUAAAGUAAGCAUGGGGUGGUGACCGUGACCAAUACUGCUACCGAGGCUCCUCCAUACGCAUCAUGAAGGACCUGGUAAAGUAAGCAUGGGGUGAUGACCGCGACCCAUAAAGCUACAGACGCUCCUCAAUACUUAUCAUGCAGGACCUGGUAAAGUAAGCAUGGGGUGAUAUUUAAAUGUAAAUAUUAUUUAAUACCCCACUCACCCCACCCACUGAACAUGGCACUUCUGGCAAAAAGAUUUAAGGCACUUAAUUCCACAUUCAAGCUAAAAUAACUAGUGUUUGAAGAUACAUAUGGUCCAUAGUACUUUUGAGUGAAUGCAGGACAGUUAUGCUUGAUGUGUGGUGAUUUUAAUGAUUUCACUAGCAUUCCGCUUGCCCUGGCUGAAAAGGGUUGAUGGUGGCAGUACUGGAGAGCUAUAGCCUGCAGUAUUUAAGUAGACACGUGUGUGUCGUGAACUAUUAGCUACAGUAUUUUCCUUCAUUUGGAAUUAUGAAAAUAAUAGAGAGAUUUAAAAAAGGCUAAUUGUAAGAUGUUGCAGCACUAAUAACAAAACAUUUCCAUGCCAAAUAACAGUUACAAUGCCUCUCACUGGUGUUAGAAUGCUAACACAUACAGUAAUAACCCAUCAUGACAUGGUUGGAGGAAUGAACACAAGUGUGACCAUUAAUCCUAAUAAAAUCCGGCUGAAAACA